AUGGUCAAUCCGAAGGCACAGAAAGCCGUGCAGGCGUCGUUGGACAAAGUGACAGGAGACUCCUCUACAGGAAUCGCGGGUGUCGUCUUCGUUGCAGUGGACAAGAAUGGCAACCAGAUCGUCGCCUGCCCUUCCGGCAAGGUAGGCCUCACUCGAAAUGAUCCAAUGACUAUGGACACCGUCUUCUGGAUUGCUAGCUGCACCAAGCUGCUUUGUACGAUGGCUUGUAUGCAGGCGGUCGAGCAAGGACUGCUCAGGCUGGAUGAUGCUAAGCAGGCAAGUGCUGUUGUACAAUCAGCUGAUUGCUCACCCUGACGCCGGCCAGGUUCAUGAUCUGUGUCCCGAGCUCAGCACUAAGAAGGUCCUGCAAGCGGACGGAUCUUUUGUGAGUCGCAAGAAAGAUAUUACUCUGCGUAUGCUCCUGUCCCAUACCGCUGGCUUUGGAUAUGAAUUGUAAGCACAGCAGCCGAGCACCGACUCUACCUUGGAUGGCUAAUCUAUCGCCAGUUUCAACCCUCGAGUCCGCGACUAUGGCCGACCUGUUGGACUGGACUGUUUUCAUGCAAAUGUAAGGCAUCUCCGUCAUUAUCAUCAUCGAAACUAGUCUGAUCGUCACGCAGAUUCGAGACAUACUUGAACAACCUCUGGUGCAUCAGCCCGGUGAAGGUACGGUAGACUGUUACUAUCAACAGUAGUCCAAGCGACAUGGACUAACCUGGGAUCGCAGGCUGGGAGUAUGGCGUCGGAAUCGACUGGGCCGGCAUCGUUCUGGAGCGCGCUACGGGGGUUCGCUUGAACGACUGGAUUCAAACCAAUAUCACUCAGCCCUUGGGGUUGAAAGCCGUCAGUCUCUGCCCGACGACGGAGAUGAAGAAGAAUCUCGCCUUCAUGCAUCAACGCUGGCCCGGAGAUCCACACCAGAGAAGCGAAGAAAGAGAUCACAUUCUUCGCGAGCCGCUUAUGGCCGAGACGGCAGAAGAACGAGAGCGCUUGUUUCAGUCCGGUACGUCACAAAGAAGAGGGAGCUUUUGUCGUUUGCAAUUAUAAGUGGACCGGCUGCUACCCGCGACAAAAGCUAACGUUUCGUCACGUAGGCGGCGCAGGAUGCUAUGCCAAACCGGCCGAGUACGUUCAGGUCCUGGCAGCUUUGUUGAAUGACGGUGAAUCGCCUAUCACAGGCGCUCGAAUUCUCAAGAAGGAAACCGUCCAGGCCAUGUGGGAGAACCAGGUUCCCCGCAUGCCGGACUUCGCUCGUCAAGGUAUUCCAGAUGCAAAGAGAGAUCAGACGAACCCAACUUCUGAGCUCUAUCCGCAAGAAGGCAACCCACCGCAAGGCUGGGGCCUGAGCUUCAUGCUAACUCAAGAGCCGGGGGCGACUGGUCGUGGGAGAAAUACUGCUUGGUGGGCUGGACUCGCGAAUUGUUUCUGGUGGUGUGACCGAGAGAAGGGGGUUGCUGGGAUUAUCGCGAGCCAGAUCAUGCCGUUCCUGGAUCCUAACAUCCUUGGUCAAUGGGUCGCCUGCGAAAGCGCUGUAUAUGCUAGUGUUUGA